AUGGGACAAGCUCAGCGAUGUCUGCUUAAGGUAGCGAUAUUCAUGUUCGUGUUGAUUCAGUGUGGCGUAGCUCAGCAACAAGAGCGGCUGAGCUCGAGCAUCGAACGGUCAGCGUUACUCGAUCUCCGGUCGUCGCUGGGGCUCAGAGGCAAGGACUGGGAGAUAAAGUCCGACCCGUGCACGAACUGGACCGGGGUCCAGUGCCAGAACGGGCAGGUCAUUGAGAUCAAUUUGUCCGGGAUGAGACGAACCCGGGCUGGGCGGCAAAACCCACGGUUCUAUGUGGAUUCGCUGGCCAAUUUGAUCCACUUGAAAUCUUUCAACGCUUCUGGGUUUUCGCUUCCCGGGACUAUUCCCGACUUGUUCGGCUUAAGCCUUAAUGCACUCCAAGUGCUCGAUCUCCGGUCUUGCUCGGUGAUCGGUCCGAUUCCUUCGUCGCUCGGUAAUUUGCGUGCACUUAAUAGUUUGUAUCUGUCUAGUAAUAGACUUACUGGCAUUAUAUCUCCUGCAUUGGGACGGUUAUCGGAACUGUCAGUUCUUGAUCUUUCGCGGAACACACUUACUGGGUCAAUUUCUUCUGAUUUUGAGUCUCUUGGUAAUCUUACCAGGCUUGACCUUUCUUCUAAUUUUUUAUCUGGGCCGAUUCCAGCUGGUCUGGGUAACCUUUCUAGACUUCAAUACUUGAAUCUUUCUGAUAAUAGUUUCACUUCUUCAAUACCUGGUCAAUUGGGUGGCCUUUCUCGAUUGUUAGAGCUCGAUCUCAGCAAGAAUUCUCUAUCAGGGUCAUUGCCUGUGGAGUUGAGAGGGUUGAGGAGUUUGCGGGGGAUGGAUGUCGGACAGAAUGUUCUGGAGGGUCCAUUUCCGGAUGGUUUGUUUAUGAAUCUUAGUUCAUAUGGUAAUGCCACUGUUGUUGUGUUCAAUCUCUCAAACAAUCGGUUAUAUGGAGCUCUGAAUUUGUCGUCUCUUGGGAAGUUUAGUUUACUUGAUUUGUCCAGUAACUAUUUCCAAGGCAAUAUACUUGAUGCUAAUCAAAGCAAUGUUACUGUUGAAAGAAAUUGUCUACAGAUGGUGCCGGAGCAGAGGAGUUUGGAGGAUUGUAGAAAGUUUUAUGCCGAUAAGGGCUUGACUUAUGAUAAUUUUGACCAUGUGCCCACCAGCACUGGAAGUACUUCUGAGCUCAGCCUCUUCACUGGCUAA